AUGUCAGCAAAAGGAGUUGGAACUUUUGUCAAUAUUAUUGCAAUCUGCAAGGAAGCAACUGAUGUCAUCAAUCUGGUAUCACGAGCUGGAAAAGAUUUGACAAAGCGUGAAGUAACUUUGGUCGAUCAAAGUGGCGCUUCAAUCAUUUGGACACUGUGGGGUGAAGAAGCACAAAAAUUUAAAAGUUCUGAACAACCAGUCGUUUUACUUAAAGGAGCAAAAAUUGGGGAAUUUGCAGGCGGAAAAACUCUUGGUGCAAGUACAAUGAAGUUGAAUCCUGAUAUUCCUGAAAGUCAUAACCUUCUUGAAUGGUUCAAAACUGGUGGACAUCAAAAAGAUGUUAAAUCACUCUCUUGCACCAACGGAAACUUCUUCACAGAAUGGGCAUUUGUUAAUGACAUAAAUCCAUCCGGUCAAUUUAAAUCUAAAUCACCAGGUUUUUAUCGAAUUAAAGCGUCAAUCAAAAAAAUCAUUCCAGAUUAUUAUGAAGCUUGCAUCAACACUGGAUGUUACAAAAAAGUUUCAGAAAGAAAUGGAACAUACAAAUGCAUUAAAUGUAACAAUGAAAGUACAGAAUUCAUAUAUAGUGUACUGAUAAAUAUGUGUAUUGAUGAUUGGACUUCAGAAUGUGGGGCAAUAGGCUUUUCAGAAGUUUCUGAAAAAUUAUUCAAGAAAAAUUCAAAUGAAAUCAUUGAAAUGAUCAGAAACAACAGCAUUAAUACUGUAAUCAAAGACCUCAAAUUCCAACAGAGAGUUUUUAAAUACCACGAGUACAAUGAAAUGUUAAUUUCAAAUAUUGAACGUCUGACAGAUUUAAAAAUCAAUAAAGCUGAAUCGAUGGACAUUACAACCGACAGUCAAAACGAACCCAUGGAAAUAUUGAAGGAAAAUGAAUCUAUGGAUAUAACCAGAGUUGGGCGAUCCAAUAAUUUUUUGGAUCGCCGAUCCAGUUAA